UUCGUUGAUUUGGUUUUUGGUUAGUGGGUGCCUCGAAACUCUAUUUAUAUUAAAAACCAUUAAAAACGAAACAAUUAUUUAGAUAAUUAUUAUAAGGCUCGGAAUUUAUAAGUAGUGGGUUGUUUUACAACUAAAAUAGUUGAGUUUUAAAUUUCAAACGCGAUAAGAUAAGAAAUAAUUUGAGUUAGUAAGCAGUCAACAUUGUUAGUUUAUAAGUUAUAAUAUUUUGUGGCACUUUAAAAUGGCAAAUGUGAAGCUGAAUCUGAUUGCUGCAGCGUGUGAGAAUAUGGGUAUCGGUGUAAAUGGGACACUUCCAUGGCGAUUGAAAAAAGAGAUGGCUUUUUUUACAAAAAUGACUUCGGGCGUGAAAGACUUGAACAAGAAGAAUGCUGUCAUUAUGGGACGUAGAUCAUGGGACUGUAUCCCGGAGAACUAUCGGCCUUUAGUUAACAGAGUCAAUAUUGUUCUUACACGGAACGUUCAGCAAAUUGAACAACGAGUACCACAAGGAGUGCUGGUAUUCUCAAGUCUUGAUGAGGCUGUGAAAUAUAUUGAGAGUCGAGACGAUAUAGAGUCUACAUGGGUCAUUGGAGGCUCCGCUAUUUACAAGGAGGCGAUGGACCACGAGAAAUGCGACAAAAUCUAUUUAACUGAGAUACAAAAUAACUUUCAGUGUGACACUUACUUCCCUUCCUUUGAUAAGCAGCAUUACCAGCUGGUGGAGGAGGAUGGGAUACCAACGGAAGCACAAGUCGAAGGAGACAUUAAAUAUUACUUUAGGAUUUACAAGAAAGUUUGAUACAUAAAAAUAAUAAAUAAAAGUGCUAUUUGUU